AUGCAAUUUUGUGUAAGGGUUAUAGACUAUGGAUGAAAUCCAAUGUCCAAUGGUGUCAGUCGGGUUUAAAAUGUCAAUGGCAAAAUGAGAUUAUACUUUGCUCUUAUUGCGACAAUUGUUUGUUCUUUAUGGAAUAGAAACAAAUAUUUAGUGUAUGCUAGCGCAAAUAGAAGCGCUGAUCAAUUGGAGUACAGACCCGAAGGUCCUCUAGUUAUGUGUUCAUUUUUACCUAAGGAAUUUAUAGAAUGCGAGGAUCCCAUUGAUCAUAAAGGGAAUAAAACUGCCAAGGAAGAGAACCAAGGUUAUGGCUGUGUCAAAUUUGGAGGAUCUUGGUAUGAGGAUGUGGAGAAAACUAAAGUAUCUUGUACAGUGCUGCCAGAUAUUGAAUGUUUCGGCUCAAGAACAUUUCCCCGUGAAGGUGUACCAUGCGUAAAAUACAGUGAUCAUUAUUUCGCAACAACUCUUCUAUAUAGCAUUCUACUGGGCUUUCUUGGUAUGGAUCGAUUUUGCCUUGGACAAACUGGAACGGCUGUAGGCAAAUUAUUGACACUAGGCGGUAUGGGUGUAUGGUGGAUCGUUGAUGUUAUCCUGUUGGUAACAAACUCUUUACAACCAGAGGAUGGUAGCAACUGGAAUCCAUAUGUAUAGCAUUUCAAGACUUUA